AUGGAAGAUCCACACCGCAUCCUGGAGCCCACAUCGGCGACUUCAAGGACGGAAGAUGUCGCGCGGGAAAAACGCCCAUGUACCACCGUUCCAGAGGUUCAGAUGCCCACAUCUAACGUCACAGAACCAUUGCCGCCGGUUGAGGACCGCACACUCACCCUUUCCUUGCAAGAAGUGAGCCUCCGACUGAAAGCAUUCUACGAUGCAUAUGAAGAAAGCAGACGAUCAAAGGAAGACCCUACGCUCGUUAUCACGCUGGGUGAGGACGCCAUCCUGAAAGCAAUAAAAAAUGCAGUUGAAGGAAACAUACAAGCAAAUGAAGAAAUAAUUGAAGACGUCCGACAGGUGCGGAUAGCAUAUGAACAAGGUCUUGAUCUUGAAGAACUGGAACAACAGUUGAAGGAAGCAGCAGAGGAAAGCAGGACGGUAACACAGCAAAUUGAGGAGGAGUGUCAAACAAUUAAAAUCAAUAUUGGACCAGUGAUCGAGCCCAUGCAUGCGAAAGCAGACACACUCGAAGGAGAGGUCAUAAAACAAGCAAGUGAACAUGACACAUAUAAGGGAGACCAACCUACCGAGAAUGUCAAGACUGAAGUUGCACCGCACGCCGCCGAACGCCGAGAGGGACCUGACGACAUCACCAGCCAAGCCGAGGACGUCAUCCAUGGCAUAGAGGGACAGCCCGCAUCACCGCCCGCAGAAUGCCAAGAGGAGCCGGACGACAUCACCCGCCAAGCCGAGGACGUCAUCCAUCAGAUCGCAUCGGACGGACUGCACGCAUCGGAAGAUCCGUCCGAUGACGAUCUGUGUUACUUUGCUGAUGAUGAUGAUGAUGAUGAUGAUGCUGACGAUGACAGUGACAGUGCCAGUGCCAGUGCCAGUGUCAGUGUCAGUGACAGUGGCAGUGACAGUGACAGUGACAGUGACAGUGUCAGUGACAGUGUCAGUGACAGUGACAGUGACAGUGACGGUGCCAAUGACGGUGACGGUGACAGUGAUAACGAUAACGAUAACGAUGAUGAUGAGGAUGAUGUGAUGAUAUACUGA